CUUGGGCUAAAGGAUGCAGGAACUUAAAAGCUUCACCCUCGUUCCGUCAACUGGGAUUUUCCGGAGUGGUUUUGCUCUUUCACUCCCAAAAAGUACGGUUUCUGCCCUUCCUCCCGUCUGGUUUUACGUUUCCUCCUCCAACCAACAGCCAAGCUCAGGGAUAGCGCAGGUAGCGGCGCGCUGGCACGCAUGCGCACUGCGCGCUGGCCCUCGCGGGUGGGGCUCGACCCCGCCCUGCGGCGCCGGGCCCGGGGCACCUCCUCGGCGGGUCCACCGGCACCCCCGGGGAGAGCGCGAGGGCAGGGUGGGCGUGGCCCGGGCCGUUGGGCGGACGCCAUCCCGGCGCCAUGUCGGCGCAGGGAGUGGCGGUGUUGCUGUCGUGGCUGAGCUGCUGCGGCUCGGCCCUGUGGAGAUUACGUUAGAGUAUGAAGGAACAUCAUUUCUUGAGUGGAGUGUGCCAGGAACUUGUUCAGUGAAAAAUAAAAGCUCACCGAGGACAGAGCUGCGUUGUUCUUCUCCUGGUGUUCAGACGAUAAGACCAAUUGUUGUGGGCCCAGAUUCAGAAGAAGAACGCAAUUUGUCUGUGCAAAGUUCUCAUAUCUGCUUCCUGUGGUAUUAUAGAGUUAUGUUAUCAUUGUAUGGAUAUAUGACCCAGAAAAUGCAGAUCCCAGUGAGAUUCUACGGAAUGCAAAUGAACCUUCACUAUUGCCUGUGCCUUUGGAGUCAUACCCAAGAAAUCAAUGCCAAAUCCAAUGUCAUGAAGAAUUCCAUAAUACUUAGCAAGCAGUUGGCCACUUUGGGACAGAAGCCUAUCAUAUUUACAAGUCUGCAGAGAAAUGUUUAUUUUCCAGAUAGUAAAAUGAAGAACGGGACCUGGCAUAUUUCAGUGCCAAUGACAACAGAUGAUGUGCUAAAGGAAAUUAAAGGAAAUCAAGUGGCUUUUCAAGACUGCUUUAUUGCAGAUGUUCUUUUCCUGCUGACCUUCCCUUUGUUGACAAUGCCCGAGAUUCCUGACUCUUUACCAAUCACUUCACCGCAAGGUAGUCAGUUAAUAUUAGCCUGGGCUACUUGUGUUCUUUCAUCGGUUGUGGUGGUAGCUGAUAUGGAGACCUUUCAAACAAAUGAUUCAUUCCGUACUUGGACCAGAAUCAGAGUGCCUCCAAACAUUUUGACUGACGAUGAGAGACACAACGUGUCUGAUGUGAACAUAUCAUGGGAUGGAAUAUUUUUUCUAAUAAAUGGUAUUCUUUACAUCAAAACUUUUACUGCGUUCAAAAGACUGGGAAGAAAUGAAAAUCUUCCUGAUGGUGGAAUUAUUGGCAUUACCUCAAGAAAAUGGUGUUGGGCCAGACAUUUAUUAAAGAGUAAAAUAAGAAGUAUCUUCGCAGUCUGGACCAAAAGUGAACUUUAUCUUGGAUACCCUCUUCUUAAAUUUAUGAAAAUAAUGACUACUGAAAAACUGAAAAGCCUUCUAAAUAUAUCACAAACCGAUACACUAACUAUACACAAUGUUGAGUAUCCAGGACACCCUUUGGAGAUUGCCUUGUUAUUAAGUUACUGCUCUGCAUGCACAGUCAACAAAAAGAUUUAUGUGGUAAUAUAUAAUGAAGAUACAGAGCAGUGGAUGAACCAAGACUUUGCAUUAGAUGUCCCUAGUGACACUUUUGUAAAUGCACAUUUUCUAUAUUCAGCACUUCCAGAAUUAGUACUAUGGGACAAACAUAGGGUCUACUAUUGCUAUCACAAUUUCACCGAGACUGGAGUCAUCCAAACACCUACAGAGUUUGGAAACUUAUCAAGGUUGUCACAGAACAGCACCAUUCAUAUUAUUUUCAUCGAUUAUUAUGGAAAUGUGGUGGUGAAAAUGGAAAAUAACAUAAUGUUCUACUUCAAGGCCAAUAUUAAAGAUGCGGUAAAACUACACGCAUGGACAAAUAGUACACUGAAGUCAGCAGUCUCGAUGAGUUCCUCUGGGCUAAUGUAUCUCAUACAUGUUUUUGAAAAUGGCACAAUACGUCCACAGGAAUAUCCUUUAAGACUAGAAGCAAAAAGUGUAACUUUCAAUUCAAAAGAGAAAUGCCCCUACGUGGCAUUUCUUAAUAAUAUUUUUAGUGUUUUUUUCUUUUUGGACAAGGGACAGAACGUGUCCAUCUGGACUCAAAUAGUCUAUCCAGAAAAUGUUGGUCUGUAUAUUGUGGUGGAAUCAUACGGCCCAAAUAUAUUACAAGAGACAUACCAGGUUCACUAUGAAGUUGCCCUAGGAUACUGCACUAAAACCAUGACAGUAACAUUUUUUCAAAAUGUAAAUUAUGAGGCAGUAGAUGAUUACUUCAAAUUGCAACACCAGAACACGGGUCUUCUGCUUCUCCACAUGAGGCCUAGUGACUCAGCAAGACCAUGUCCGAUAUCCCAGAAGGUGUUCCAAAUAGCUGUUGGCUGUAAUCCUCGUAAAUACAUUGCUGUUAAAGGAUUUAAUAAAAAAGAAUGUCUUCAGCAUGAUUUCUUUUACCAUAUUGAAAAGUCAUAUUUGAGGAAUAAACCAUCUAAAAACUUGCGAGUAAAAUAUAAUUGGAAAGAAUAUGGCUGCCCAUUGAGACUUGAUUUUCGAGAAAAGUUUCACCCUUUGGUUCAAUUAUACAAUGAAAAUGGCUAUGUUGAAGAUGUGGAAGUCAAUUUCAUUGUGUGGGAAAUACACGGCAGGAACGACUACAGCUUUAAUAAUACCAUGAAGAAGAGUGGUUGUUUAAAUGAAGCCCAGACAUGGAAGUCAAUGAUUAAGCUUAACAAGCACCUCCCAUUAGAAGAAGUCUGGGGACCUGAGAACUAUAAACACUGUUUUUCUUAUGCUAUUGGAAAACCGGGAGACUUGAAUCAACCGUAUGAGAUUAUCAACAAGUCUAACUAUAACCAUUUAGUUUGGCCCGUAGACCAUUCUGGAAUGUAUGUGUUUCGUGUGAAGAUCCUGGAUCCAAACUAUAGUUUCUGUAACCUAACAACUAUCUUUGCAAUAGAGACCUUCGGAAUGAUUCCCAGUCCCAGUGGCUACCUGGUUGCUGCUUUCCUCUUUGUUCUGAUGCUAUUGUUCUUCAGUAUUCUAGUUUUGAGCUAUUUCCAUUACAUGAGGAUCUAUAAACAAUGUAUUUACGAAACACUUAACAAAUAUGAAAGAACACCAAAGAAUAAUUAGGAGGAACCAAAGCUUGUACAGUAGGGAUGUAUAUAUAUUUAUGUAGAGAGAGUAUGUAUAUAUACUUACAUUGCAAGUGUGCGUGUGACCAAGACGUGCAAAGCACAUAGUAUGUAUCAUCAAAUUCAAGCUCCGAAGAAUGUUUUUGAAUUGCCCCAAGACGAAUAUCCUCAUAUCCGUUGUAUAUUACAAAAUUAACAUUAAGGUGUUUGCACUUACCUUAAGGUACUCUAUAUGCUCUUCUAUGGUGUUCUAAAAAAUUAAAAUGAAGCUAACUUUGGCUGUUAACAUCCUU